CUUGGUCAUUGGUUCAAGGUUGUGCCUUAGUCUACCGCUAUACUUUCCCCGUUCGUUCGGUUACCAUUUCGAGUUUCGUUGGCGUAAGCUUCAUGGUUAUAAGCUUCAAGGGGGAGCCAAAAUCGCUGAGAAUGGGGUGCGGGAAACGGCCUGCUAGGUUAUCAUCCUUGUCGCAUCGAGACCGUGUGCAGGCACAAUUUACAUAAACGACCGUAAACUGCUCAACAUGCGAUGCUCACGCAAUAAAGUGUGGGUGGAGCCUUGUAAGAAGUUCUAGCGGUCGAUCUUGUCUCUUCCAUUUUUAAUUGACAAUCUUUCCACUUUUUCGUUGUGGAAUUUCUCUUGUAUUAAUAUCAAUAUCGAUAUUGAGAUCUACCUUUCAUUCUAUAUCUGAUAAGGCUGGGUCCUAGUUGACCAAAAUGGGGAUCUUUAACGCGGAUAAGACGAGGGUGUACAACUGGUAUAUCUCGCUCGUCGCAGCAUCAUGCAUGGUGCUAUAUGGAUAUGAUGCAUCUGUAUACAAUUCCGUACAAGGCUCAAAGAACUGGGUAGCUUACUUCAACCACCCAGAUACCGAAAAAAUUGGGGCUGUCAAUACUGCCUACACUGUCGGUGCCAUUAUCGCUGGAUUCUUUCUCGGUGGUCCAGUAGCAGAUUGGCUUGGUAGAAAAUGGGGUAUGGCAAUUGGUUGCUUUGUGACUAUUGUCGCUACUUUCAUUCAAACAUUUUCUCCUCGAGGUCAACUUGGAUGUUUUAUCGCUGGUCGUGUGAUUAUUGGUCUUGGUCAGGGUGUUGCAUUGACGGCGGGACCUGUGUACAUUGGUGAACUUGCACCACCUGAGAUUAGAGGAAAAAUAAUGGCCUUUUGGCAAUUGUUCUAUUCAGUUGGUUCAUUCAUUGCCUAUUGGAUUAACUUCGCCUGUCAAAAACAUGUUGAGACGCUUGGAGAAUGGGACUGGAAAAUGGUCGUCAUCUUCCAAAUGCUCGUCCCCAUCAUAAUCCUCACCCUCCUCCCCUUCAUCCCCGAAAGUCCUCGUUGGUACAUCCAACACGGCGGACGUGUGGAAGACGCCCGCGUCGCUCUCCGUCGCGUACGUGCCACAGAACAAGACGUCGAAGACGAAAUUCUCGUUAUCCGGGAAGCCCUCGAGUUCGAAAAAGAAGCCAUUUCCUCCUCCUAUUCUGCACUUUGGAAAGAUCGCUCGGUCCGAAAACGUCUCAUCCUAGCUUUCAUCUUGAAUAUCGGGCAACAGCUUACCGGACAGGGAACACUGAAUACAUACAGUACUGCGAUUUACAAGAAGGUUUUCCCGGAUGCUAGCACGAUUGCGUUGAUCAAUGCGUUGAAUGCUACGUUUGGAAUUCUCUUCACGCUGAAUGCGGUGUGGACUGUUGAUCGCUUUGGACGAAAAUUCCUUCUUAUUGUGGGUGCGAUCGGUAUGUCGAUUUGUAUGUUGAUCGUUUCGCUCGUGGGUACCCUCACCCCGAAUACUGGCGCCAAGGGAGAUUCAAAGUCCCAUCCUGUUGCCAUCGCGAUUGUAUUCCUACUGUUCCUAUUCAUCUUGUUCUAUAAACCCAGUUGGGGAGCUACGGUGUGGAUUUGGACCGCGGAAGUCUUCAGUAUGAAUGUUAGAGCUCAGGCGGUGGGUAUGUCGAGUCAGAUGCAGAACGUAGCAAACUCCAUCUUCCAACAAUUCUUCCCAACCUUCUUGAAAAACCAAGGCUUUAAAACCUUCUACUUCUUCUUCAGCAUCAACAUCUUCCUCGCGCUUUACGUCUGGUUCCUCGUCCCCGAAACGAAAAAAGUAUCGCUUGAAGAAAUCGACGUGUUGUUUGGUGGUUCCAACCACGUCGAGAAAGGUGGUAAUCUGCUGCAUGUACAUGAUGCGCAUCAUGCUUCGCUGGGCGAUAAUGUGGGAACGGGAGCCGCGGUGGAGAUGGGGGGUGUGGGUAAGGGGAGAGAGAUAGGAGAGAUUAAGGAGGAGGAGAUUGGAGGGGGGAGAUAG